AUUUUUAGAGUGUGGGAUAUACAGACCCUUUCACUGCUGCAGGUCUUCCAUGAUAAUCAAGGGAUUCCUGGAGCGAUGGAUACUUUUGCCAUGGUAUUUGACAAUGAUCAUGGCACACUUAUCACUGGUUCAACUGUCAUUGAUAUUUAUCCCCUAACUCAUAUGAUACAAGAUACGAGACAGGUGCCACAGACACAUGAGAAAAGCAUCAAUGUUCUCGUUUACAACAGGGCUUUUCACCAGAUUCUCACUGUCUGCUCUGAGUCAAUACUGAAGGUCUGGGACCUAGAAACAGGAUAUCAAAUAUAUCAGAUUGAAGAUGCGCAUGGGCUGAAUACUGAAGUGACCUGUGCAGCCAUUGAAAUAAAUGGUUUUUAUCUUGCUACUGGGGCAUGUGAUGGAACAGUGAAAAUUUGGGAGUUUGAAAGUGGGCAGGAAGUUAAAGCCUUGCCUUUGGCCCAGCACUGCAAAGAUGAGUGUCGUCUGCUGAAGAUAGUUUAUCUGAAGGCUAAUGAGGGUCAACAUGCACUUCUUGUUUUGGAGCAGAGUGGGAAGAUGAAAAUCAUUCAGGGUAAUUCAGUUCAAACAUAUCUAUAUGUCAAAUGGGUGCUUCCUGAAGCAGUGUCAUUUCCACGAAGGAAUCCAGUUGUGUCCCUGUCACUGAAGCCUGACACGUUACAAACACAUGAUUUUUUUCCGGAUAUUCAGCUGCUGUCUGACACCAGUACUCUGAGAAAUGAUACAGAGAAUUUUGUACCUUCUGUGGAAAUGAAGUGUUUUGAUGUUUUAAAAGUAGAAGGAUGCAGUUUGAUAGCUACAGGAAGUGCAAACGGUGCAAUAAUUCUGUGGGAUUUUGAAUCUGCCUCUGUGAGAUGCCUGUGUAAAAUUAAUGAAGACAGCCAGGCUUCACUUCUUCAAGCAUCUGGAGUCAAUGCCAUGUUAUUCCUUGUACAUAGUGCUUUCUCUUCCAGUUCCCUGCCCUCUACUACUGCUACUAUGAGGAGUGAUAUCAGUGCCAUUCCAGAGCACAAGAGCAGUUCUUUGAACCUACAUAAGGAAAAUGUAAGAAGUCAUGAAAUUAAUACUCAAAUAACAACAGCAGAAGUCACAACUAGGAAUAAGAAUACCCAGUACUUGAAGAUGAAUGUACAGUUAUCCAAAACUGUAGCAGGACACUCACCAAUACUAGCUUCUGCUCAUGAAAAUGGCUGUAUCUGCCUAUGGAGUAUUCAGGGAAACCUAGUGAAAGAACUUCUGCCAUUUUCAAAAUAUCCUUCAGUUCCUCUGACAGCACUAUGUACAGACAUCUCCACUAAAAUCCUUUUGGCAGGAAGUAAGGAGGGACACAUUAUGUGCUGGAGCAUUGCCUCAUUCUUAGAAGAUCCACAAAAUAGUAAAAAACAAAUAAAGGAGGAGCUCUGCUGGAGGGCACACACUAAUGAAGUGGUUGACUUAUUUCAUGAAGAGGAGAAAAAUGUGGUAGUGACAGCAUCCAUUGAUGGUUCAGUCAGGCUCUGGCAUGCCAUGAACGGAUACUACCUUGGUUACUUCGGACAACCAAGGAAGUUUGAAUUAUCAGAUAUCAGUCGUUUGAUUUUGCCUUGUGAUGUUAAUGACUUUCCUACUAUAAUUAAAGAGGAAAGCAAGCAUAUGGAAAAGAAGAAGUUUGAAUAUCCUCUAAUGCUGGACAGGGCCAAGUGGAAGUCACUGACCAGAUCACCUUCAGUUUUAAAAAAGCCUAAACAUGUGGACAUAAUUCAAGACUUGAAGUUUUUCAAAGCUCUGGCUUCUCCAAAGAUCCAUAGACAACCUUUGAAAAGUUUUGAGUCUGGAAACAGAGAGGCUGGUGCAGUAUUUGGGUAUCUUCCUAUAUAUGAGAAGAAGAAAAUAAAAUACCGGGGUUCUUGUGCCUUGGCAAGUUAG